AUGGCAGAUUCCACCGAACCCUCAGACGCUGUGCCCCAGUUCGGCUUCAAGAAACGCGCCAAAGGCAAGGCCAACUUCCGCAAGAAGCCCGCAACGCCACCACCAGCCUCAGACUCGGGCUCCGACUUCACAUCGUCAGACGACGAAGAGGGCCGGCGCAUCAAGCGGCGACGCAAGAAUGUAGCAGUGACGGCUUCAUCCGCUGCAAAUGUCACCAGGAGAGACCCUGCUGCCGAUCAACCCGCGAGCACCGGUCCGGUCCCUCUAUCUACGAGCAACGAUGCGACCAAAUCAGCCAACUGGUACGAUGAGGAUCUGAGUGCGAAGAACCUGUUGGGCUCAACCAGAGCUCAGGCUUCUACAGAUACCGCUCCAGACGGUACCUACAAGGGUGCGGCCAACUAUUCCUCCUUCAUUCAGAAGAACCCAGAUGCGCCGACGAAGCAAUUUGGUCCUAUCAAGGCACCCACGAACGUGCGAACCGUGACGGUGAUGGAUUUUGCCCCCGAUGUCUGUAAGGACUGGAAGCAGACCGGGUGGUGUGGAUUCGGUGAUUCUUGCAAAUUCUUACACGCCCGUGAGGACUAUAAACAAGGCUGGGAACUGGAUCGCGACUGGGAAAUCGGUACCAACGGCAAAAAAUUGAGUGGUCGGGUGGUGUCGCAAAGAAAAGGCGCUGGCAAGGCUGCCGAGGACGAGGAAGACGAUGAUGAGGACGAGCUGCUGGACAGCAUCCCCUUUGCCUGCAUUAUCUGUCGAAAGCCAUAUCAGAACCCCAUCAUCACCAAGUGUGGGCACUACUUUUGCGAAUCUUGCGCGCUGCAACGGUAUCGGAAGAACCCAUCUUGUGCAGCGUGCGGGGCGGGUACUGGUGGUGUGUUUAAUACUGCAAAGAAGCUGAAUGCUUUGCUGGAGAAAAAGCGGGAGAAGGCACGAAGGGAGCGUGAAAAGGCUAUUGAGGAGGGUGAGGAGGUUAGUGACGAAGAGGAGAAUGAGGGCAGUGAUUAA